AUGUCAUCGCGCCUAAUUUUCUCAGGGUUAGCUGGGUUAAGGAAAUUUAUGCACACUUCUAGACAGAUGAAAUUGCCGGUGCAUUUAAAAAUGCCUUCUUUAUCACCAACUAUGUCAGAAGGCAGCAUUGUAAGCUGGCUUAAGAAAGAAGGGGACGAAGUACUCGCUGGAGAUGUUCUGUGUGAAGUUCUGACAGACAAAGCUGUUAUGUCACUGGAGUCAGAUGAGGAUGGUGUUCUUGCCAAAAUAUUGGUUCCUGCUGGCUCACUAAGCAUCAAUGUUGGUAGUGAAAUUGCUAUUCUAGCUAAUCCGGAUGAGAAUUGGCAAGAGGUAGCUGCUUCUGCAAAGUCACCACCGGAGGAAACAAAAAGUGACACUUUGUCCACCCAGAUAGAGGAAAAAUCAAAAAUCCGGGAACUUCAGCCAUCUCGUUCUAUGUCAAUGGGACCUGCAGUUCGCCUCCUUUUGCAGUCAUAUGACCUGGAUGAAUCAAAAUACCCUCAACAGGACCACACGGUCAACUCCUUAAAGGGGACGUAUUAG